AUGCAUAAACCUUCGCUGGCUCAAAUAGUGCACAGCACAUUGUUCCCCCGUCCGCGCGCAAGUGAUCCGGCCACCUUUUCUGCACAUAUCACCCGCAACUUGGUUCCGGAAGUUCGAAUCGAGACGUCAACAUUCUAUGGGUCGCUGGACUGCCCCGAGGCUCAAUACCCCGGACUUGACUAUUCAUACGGUCCUCAUCGCAUGAGGCUGGGCCGAUUUCCAUGGCACCGCAGACUGUUCCGAGCCUUUGAUGAGCUUCGUCUCACCGAAACCGAGAUCUCUUCCUUAUGUCGCUGGGAGGGCACCAAGUCGGCGCGGGAGCGUUACGAGAAGGAAGAAGGGGUGAAGGUCCGCGAUACUACCGCAGAUAGCAUCCGACCCGCAUCCCCUAGUCCCCUCCCCACUAUCGAAGUCCACUACGAGGAUUACGAGGACGAUGAGGAACUCUUCCCGGAAGUGGAUCUUGACUUUGAUACGUGUGAAACCGUGCGCCCCACCAGCGGCCUCAUCGAUGAUCGGGGGAUCGACUGUAUUGUGGAAGAAAAAGAAGAGGAAGAUUCCAGCGAUGACGAGAUGGAAAGCUGCGGAGUGGAGCUAAACCAUCGCCUGAUGGCGGCGACCGCAGCACGCGAACAGGGUGACGACGUACCACUGGACGAGGACUGGGAGCAGUGGCUGAAGGAAGCUGGGGAGCGAGGGAGCUACACCGAUGUGCUUAGUGCAAUUCGUAUGGGCCAGCCAUUGAGUUACCUAUACGACAUGCCUUCUCCAAUGCCGCCCCUCGGGAGAUCAGGCGUUCGACCAUCCGCCUCACUUUCGGAGCCAUUUAUCUUACCUACCCCAUCCAUGCUGUCGGGCAGGGCUCUCCCCGCGGCUCCCCGCGACUUGCCAGUUCCAAUUCUCCGCCUCGAUGCCUCCAAUUCCACCAUGAUCAAGGCGAUCUUCUACAGCAAGUUCGACACGCAGGAAGGGCCCAAGGUCGUCCACCAAGUCCCCGAUGGCGCCAUCGUCCCCUCUGCGACCGCCCCCUCACAGCCCCUCUUCCUGACCUUCUCCGACAUCUCCUUCUUCGUGAUUCCCCGACAAGAGCUCUGCGGCAAUUUGAUCCAGGUCUGCACCAAUGGAUACCGGAUUCUGGGUUAUCCGAUCUGCAUGAAGUCACUUCGGUAUGACCGGAAUGAGUUCAUCUUCAAUUUCUGUGUGGUGCUCUCCGAGGAGGAGGAUUUCAGCACCUACAAGAGCGUCGUCCAGAAGCUAGCGGAUCUGAUGCACGGAUUGGAGGAGCAGAAUGGGUUUCUGUCCAGGGAUCACUCCAAGUCGGGUGAAGGGAAGGUGUACAGUCUGUGUGAGACACUGAUGGAGGAUCUGAAUAAUUACUGCGAGUGCAUGAUCCCAAUCGAUGAGCUGAACACACUGAACAUUAAGCUGUUUCCUGUGUAUCCGGCCCCUCCGCCCGUCAAGGCAUGGCAUGUGCCUCUAUUCACGGUCCGAUACCAGACCUUCAUGGACGAGAACUGGGACCUGACCAUGCAACGCAUCGUCCCGCAUAUCAAUGGCGUCAAUAGCGUCCGCAUAAUCUCUAUUCUCGCUGACACCGAUUUCUCCCUAACGUGCCGUGCCAUCCGCCACCUUCUCUACUAUGGCUGCCUGUUCCUCCUCGACAUCUUCUCCUUCUCGGCCAUCUACGCCCCAACCGCACAGUUCAGCUCCACGAUCGCCACAGAUGAAGACAUGCAGCAGGAGUGCGCCCGUUACGUCAACACCAUCUUCGCCUCUCCAAUCACCGCCGCGUCCGCUGCCCUUGCCCCGGGCUACCCCCCGCAUUACGACCCCGACGCCGUCUGGCCACCAGUCGGUGACCCCUUCACCACCAAUAGCGCCAGCGAAAUUAACAUCCCCAGUCGAAGCCCCAGUCGAAGCCCCAGUCGAACUCCCAGCCCGAGUCCCAGCGCCGCCACCAUCCCAACCAGCAGUAGGACCACGUCCCCGGCGCCAGCAACUGCCACGGACGACGACGCCGUCACAACCACCACCACCCACCCCACAGAACUCCAGCUCGUCGAUGGCGUCGGCAUCGUAGAACUAUACGCUAGUCUCAAACAAGGCCAAAGCAUCAAGCAAUGGUACCUCCAACACAGCCGCAAACUAAUCCACAUUGAUAUCCGCCGCUUCAUCACCUUUGGCAUAAUCAAGGGAUUCCUAUACCGCGUGCACAAAUACGCCUACGCAACGGGUAACCCAGCCCCACCACUGAAAUCCUCCCACUAUCACCACGCCUCAACCACAUUCCAUCUUCCUAGUGGACCGUCGUCACGCGGCCCAGGCACGGGGGCGAACAGUCCCUACGCAUCCAGUGCGGGAGACGACCCAGCACCAAUUGCACAACAGGGGGGAACGGGCCAUCCAACAUCAGUCUACAGCGGAAGUCGGCCAGCCACAAUCGUGACAAUCGAGGGCGAGGAAGAAGAAGACGACAUUGAUGACAAGACGCUGUCCAAGUAUCUAGACGGAAUGCACUGUUUCGAUCAAAUCUGCACAGAACUGGAAAUUAGUGAGCGGGAGUUAACGAUGAGGCUGAAGAGGUUCCCAGGAGAGGUGUUGAUAUUGCAUCGGUGA